GUCUUGGCAGACAGCUGCAUGCAUGCUGGUCGGAAGACUUUGAUAUAUCGACAACUUCAUAUCUCGACUUCGAUACAAAUCGGAUUAUCGGGAUACAAGCAGUCGGACCGGUAUCCAUAGAUAACAACACCUGGAUUGACCUCGAACAGCCGGUCGAAGACUGAAAGUGGGCACGGCAGGCAGACGAUCAAAGGUAGAAGAAUCGCACCGAAAGACGCCGCAGGAUCGAGCGGCACGAAAGACUAUUUCCUCUCAUAGGAAUCUUGUUCUUGGUGUUGGAACAUAGCUCUCAAUGAGCUCUAGUAACUUCGCGAAUGACUUGAUAGAGUACACCGCUCGAGUCAGCGUUCUUUGCGAUGUGACGACCCAGGCCGCCAGAACAGCUCGUCAACAGGCUUCCAUCCGGAACUCACUACCUCAAUCUACAGGUCAAGGCGGUGGCGGCUCCUCCAGUGAUGCACUUAGCAUACUAGGAAGUCUGAAGGAUGCCGUUGGUAUGGCCAAUCAAAAGUCGAAGCCGAAGCUAGGGAAGGAAGUUCUGAAAGGAUUAGAGUCUCGGUUAAGAGCAGUGGCAAAGGGGGAAGACCCAAAAUAUAAUGGCGACGCUUUCCGCCGCACAUCAGCCAUCUUUUGGGGGAAUUGGCACAAUCCGGAUUGGGUCAAAACGAUGAGGGAGAGCCGAAGUCCAGAAGACUUCAUCCUACCAUUCGUGACGUGCACCGUCAAGACUGUCAAGAAGGCUCCCGACCUUCCGGAAAGCCGACAUAACGCAGAAGUUAACGAUCAGAUCCGACAAUUCGUGGAAAUUAUGCGGGCUACCGUGGCUCAGGCUGCGCCCCAGCUCACAGACGUCUUGCAACGACUCGACGGUUACCUGUCCAGUAUGAAGCCGCAGCCUGAGGCGGAAGAGGUGUCGCUCUACGAACCUGGGGACCAGAUACAGAUGGCAGCGACCGCUUUGAGGGUUUUCGACAUCCUGGACGAGUCGGAAGUCAAGGGGAAGAGUCGUGCUUUGAAGGGCUUGAGCAACGCAAAGAAUGCUAUCAGAGAUAUCCAAAUACAGCUGGAUCUACUGUCCGCGGGUCAUGCUGCCUUUGCCGAAGCGAAAGACUUCAUGUCGCCUGCUGGAUACGACGCUUGGAGUUCACAAGAAAAGGCGGAUCUCGAGGAGCGUAAAACGUAUUAUGUGGCCUUUCUGCAGAAUCGACCUGAGUCCAUCAGCGAUGCAAGUCUCGCAUCAAGCACAAAUCUUACGUUCAUCCCGGCAGAACCUCGCAAAUAUUAUCUGGACCUCCUACGAAGAUGUCUAGACGUUGAUCUCGACGACAUGGCCAAUCUGUCCGAUACGGAUAUGGUCUCGCUAGCAAUCUUAUCGGAGCCGCAUAUCGCCUUGUUGGACGAGGUUGCCGGACAUUGGCGGAUUUCGAAAGCGACCAAGCUCACCGCACACGCGAGUUUACUAGUCGACUUGCUCCGAGAGGAUGGCGUACCGGUAGAGUGCGUCGCCGAAGCCUUGACUAAGCUUCGGCAAUAUGUCCAACAGGCGGACAGGGAUCUUUGGCUCAGGCAAGAUAUAACACUGCUCUUCGACAUGCUCGCCAAGGUCGCCGAUCACGUAAUCACCCUGCUCGGCGAGCUAAUGCAUCAAUACGAUCAAGCGCCCCCUGAGAGGGUCAACGAAAUCUGCGAUCUUCUGCUCAUACUGGACGACCUAGAGGAAAUCGACCCAAAAGGCGUGGCCGGAAUCCGGGCUAGAUUAGAAGGCAGGAUAUCGGCACUUAGCGGCCUAAUCACGCAAGUCGCGAGACAACGGUACAGGCAGAAAUGGGAUAAGCGAGCAGACAGCCUGGGUUUGGCUCUGUUCGAGACCGCGAAAUGGAUUGAAAAGCACGCCAAAGCUCUAGACAAGCGGUAUCCAGUCAGCAUUCUAGACCAACUCGACGUAUUGCCUUUAGUGUUGAAGGCUCAAGUACCCACGUUUGCGAGAGAUCUAUAUCUGUUGCGCCAGGCUCAUAUGGCGACCGGUAACAGCCAACCGGACAAUAACGCCUUGGAGGCAGAUGACGUGUUUCAAUUAUACAAGACCGUCAACAAGCUUGGCGACCUCUUCCGCGCCUUUGUUCCCGGAGCAAGUCUGGGCGUAGACGUCAACCAACUGUUUGAGCCUUUAGUUCUGGCAUGGCUUCGAAGAAUGCACAUGGAAGUGCGACAGUGGGUAGAUAAUGCUAUCAAUCUAGAUGACUUCGCCUCUCGUCAAGAGGAUGGAUGCACCUCGUCUGUACUGGACGUAUUUACAUCGUUGCACAGCGUAGUCAAGGCGGUCAAUGAUCUGAAAUGGUCUGAUGAACGGCGCCAUGCGGACUUUGUCGCUGAGGUUUCACUCAUCGUGAUGCUCGUUGUCACACGGUAUGGCGAAGCCUUGAAACACAGGUUCAUCUCGGAGAUAGCGGAGGUGAAGGAACUGCCAGAAGCACCCACCAGCGAGAUAGGAUGGAUGGCUAUGGCCAAUCGCGUAGCGAGGAGGGAGAAGCCGGUUAUCAAGCCCUUUGACUUUUCGCCGUCUAUCUGCUUGAAGCUAAAUGACAUCGAGAAGGCCAUGACCGAGCUCGACCGACUGUAUUGGGAUUUGGAAAUCGACCGCUACGUCGACGGACACUCUAUCCACACGGCUGGCGGACAUUCAUCCUUAUACAGCUUGCGCGUGAUCAGAGCUGAUUUGAGCGCCGGAAAUUAUGGAGACGAGGCCAUGCUGAAGACACAGGUCGUAUUGAGUGAUGAGAAAGGUCAGACCGUUGCUGUUACGCGUAUCGUUCCGGAUACAGCCUAUCCGCGAUGGGAAGAGAGCUUUGAUGUCAGUUGCGAAAGCCGGAUGUGGUUGAUGGCUAGUAUACACAAUCACGCCAACGACGACCCGCGGGCUGGGCGUGCAUACGUCAAGCUCGAUGAGAAGGCCUUCCCAGAAAUGGUAGCUCGCGAUCUUUGGCUUCCGCUUGAUACUGGCGGCAGACUGCUCCUUCGUCUGAGCCGAGAACGGGAAAAGGAUGAUGCACAGUUUUACUUUGGCAAGGCUUUCCGGCGCCUCAAACUGAUUGAGGGGGAGAUGGUGCGCAACUGCGCUGACAAGAUGACACCUUUCAUCCGGUCGUGCCUCUCGCGGAAAACGCUCAAAAGGCUGUUCCGAGGGUCUACUGGAGCGAUGCCUACGACUACCAACGAAGCGCUGAACAAGAUUACGGCGGCUUAUCGAUCGGCAAUGUCGCAGUCCGAGAACCUCAUUCCUGCCGUCAAGGAACGGAACCACUCGAAGAUCAGCCAAAAACUGACGGAUGUGCAGAUAGAGAGUGCUAUCGGCCCUUUGCUAGAUUACUUUGACGACAACCUCCAGGUACUGAGCGGGUCACUGUCAGCCACAAAUCUCAGGGCGGUGCUGCUACGGCUGUGGAAGGAGAUCAUCUUGGCCAUAGAGGACAUGAUUGUCCCGCCGUUGUCUGAUCGACCGUCCGAUAUGCGGCCUCUAACAGACGGGGAGCUAGACGUGGUUCUCAAGUGGUUGAAGUUCUUGAGGGACUACUUCUACGCAUCAGGGGACAGCAACGGUAUCCCUCUCGAGGAGUUGCAAGUGCAAGCAUAUCAAGAACUCCUACGGGUCAGGAUCUUUUACGAUUGGCCAACAGAUGACUUGAUGGAGGAAUGCGUGCGUGACUUUCAGAAAACGCUCAAGACCACCUAUGCCAUCCGGGGCCGCUCGAAAACGAUCAAGUCGCAACGAAACCUAGGCACCAUGAAGCGAGACCGCGAAGAACGACGUCGCCAGCAGAGUGGAGCGGGAAGCAGCGAGAUGAUAUUGAGGGUUUUGCGCAUGAGAUCUGGCACACAAGAAUUCUUAUCCGACCAACUUCGUACAAUGUAUCGUUCAGACUAAUCAUGACAGUGGCAGUGGAGCAUCCAAGUAGAUUGAACUACACAAGCAUAAUUGUAGCAUGUCUCACAGGACUUUGUAAUUAUUUAGCUACCUGCUCUGAAACGGGGGCAUGUAAAUAGCUCAUGUCCGCGUUGCGCGGGAGAUCGACCUCCACAUUGAACUCGCUGCUCGUUACGAUAUACGAUACUCUUGAACUGUUUGGAC